AUGGACGAAUACCACACCAAGCAUACCCCAUGGUUCCAGGCUUCCGUCGAAGCCUUCGCGGCCAAAGCGGCCAAGGAAGACCUGGCCCGCGCCGAUGAUCCGAAUACCACACCGAACCCGGACAUGAUUGUUGCCGCCCGGCUCCGGCCCAUGUUCGAGGACGAGGUCUCUGCCGGUCUCAUUCGUGGUGUCUUUACGCGCGACAACACAGACGGAGCUGUCGAUAUCCACCAGAUCCGAAAGCAUAUCAAGCCUCUUGGCCCUCCUACCCUGAUCACAACUUCGGUUGCCUUGGACCGCGCAUAUGGGCCGGAGGAUACGUCCGAGAAGAUCUACCAAGAUUUGGUGGAACCCCUCGUCCCAUGGGCCUGGAGCGGCGGUGUUAGUACCAUGUUCGCCUACGGCCAGACAGGUUCGGGCAAGACAUUCACCGUCAGCGCCAUUGAGAAGCUGGUCGCUCAGUCUCUGAUGCGAGGAAACCUCGGUGGCGAACGCAAGGUGUACGCCUGCAUCAUCGAGCUGGCAGGCAAUCGCGCCUUUGAUCUACUCAAUUCGCGCAAGCCUAUUUCCGUCCUGGAAGACUCUUUCGGUGUUACCCAGCUGGCGGGUGCGCAGGAGUUUGAGGUGACCGAAGCGGGCACCCUACUCGACCUGAUCGAGAAAGCGGCAACUUACCGACGGACGGCAGCGACCGAGAAGAACGAUGCAUCGUCUCGAUCUCACGCAAUCUGUCGCAUGCGCAUCGAGAAUCCCGCCAUGCCCGCUGCCGAAGACGGGCUGCUGGCUAACCACACCGCCGAUCGGAUGAAGGAAGCUCGCGAGAUCAACACCAGUCUGUCCGUCCUGAAAGAUUGCAUUCGGGGCAGAGCGACGGUGGAUGCAGCAUCCUUGACGGGGAAGCCCAAGAAGCCAACGCACAUUCCCUUCCGCCAGAGCUCCCUCACCAAGAUCCUGAAGCAUGUCUUUGAUCCUACCAGCCGUCGGAGCUGCAAGACCGUGGUCAUGGCAUGCGUCAGUCCUUGUCUCCCGGACUGUCCCGCCGGCAAGAACACGCUCAAGUACGCCGAGAUGUUGAGGGUCCUCUUGCCCAAAGCUAAGCCUUGGCCGUAUGACUCGGAUGUGCCCUUUACAUGGAACAACAAUCAGCUGAAGAAAUGGAUCAGUGAAAAUUCCGGGGCCCCUGCCAUUUCGAGCGAUCUCCUUGCACCGUCUGAGACGGGCGCCCAACUCCUCCGUCUUCCCACCCCAGAGUUCCUCACUCGCUGCCUCAAGACCCCGGAAGGAACGCCGGACCAAGCCCGCGCUUUCCAAGCCAAGUUUUGGCGUCUUCACUUAGACUCUCAAAAGUCGUCCGCUAAGAAGGUUGACACAGCUGGUGAAGAGGCGCCGCAGACCAAGGCUGAAGAAACCAUCUCGAGGAACCAGAAGCUUGCUUCCAGUGCUGACCUCGAUUCGAGUGCCGCAAAGUUGCCUUUCAAAGAACGCAUCCGUCCGGGUAUGGUCGUUCGCUGGAAUCCACCUGCUGGUUUCUCAGGUACACUGCCCGGGUUGAACAUGGCCGUCAUCCUGUGCCCCCAAUUGGCCGCGGGGUCCAACGCCCGAGAUCUUGACGGCAAUCAGGUUAAUGGAGAGAUAGCCGAUGGACAGGAGUCCAACGGCACGAAAUAUUUGUGUGCAACGGUUCUUCCUGGUUUCAUGGCCGAUUCCUACGAGAUCAGCAUGUGGCGUCAGGUGGUCGUAGAUGUCGAACAAAUGGAGGCCGAGGUACUGCUGGAGUACGAUUCGGCGACGAGAUAUUGUCAUGUAACACUCUAA